AUGGCCAUCAGAAAAUCACGGCCGUCAAAAGAACAUCACGGCCAUCAGACAAGAGCCCGCACGUGCCACCUCGAGCACCCGAACACGCUCCGUUACCUCACCCGGCCCCGCGCCGUUUACGCCGCCUCCUUCAAGCCCCCACCCGCCCGGGCAUGCCCGCUUUCCCCACCGACGAAGGUAUAA